CGUGGCAGGCCGCGCGGCGCGGUGGCCAUCUUGGAGGCGGGAUUCCCGCGAGCUCCGGUGGCAUCUUCCUCGUCCUCUGCGAGCCGGGGUCCUGCGCCCCGUCCCGACCCUCACUCUGCAGGUGCUGCGCGGGUGCUCGCUGGGACCCCAGUGCACCAUUAAUUGAAGAAAAAUGAUGGAAGAGAGUGGAAUAGAGACAACUCCCCCGGGGACUCCUCCCCUGAAUCCUGACUCUCUGAUUGCUGCCACCAUGCCCUCCACCUCUGUUCCUUUAGCUACAACCAGUUCCUUCUCUUCUCCGAGUGUACCAGCGAUGGAGUCCUUGCCACCACAUGCCCAUUCUACCCCUCAGCCAUCCCUGCCCUCCAUGCGGCCACCUGCCUUUGUGUCACCAUCUCCAGCCCCUUCCCUUCCCCUGAGUGGUCCUCCCGUGUCUCCAUCCUCCCCUGCCGCCUUCAGCAGUCCACCUUUAUCCCACUUCCCACCUUCGACUUCCGCUCCAGGCACUCUUCUGUCUGCACCCUCCUCGGGUCCUCCUAUAUCAGGAUUUUCUGUUGGUACAACUUACGACAUCACAAGGGGACAUGCAGGAAGAGCCCCCCAGACACCUCUGAUGCCGUCGUUUUCUGCACCUCCAGUAACAGGUAUUUUGCCAGCCCCCAUUACUCAGCAAGCCAGUAUGACAUCUCUGGCACAGGGACCUGGAACCACGUCAGCCAUUACUUUCCCAGAGGAACAAGAAGAUCCUAGGAUUACUAGAGGUCAGGACGAAGCAUCUGCUGGUGGUGGAAUAUGGGGUUUUAUCAAGGGCGUAGCUGGGAACCCUAUGGUGAAAUCUGUGCUUGAUAAGACCAAACACUCAGUGGAAAGCAUGAUUACGACGCUGGACCCUGGCAUGGCUCCAUAUAUCAAAUCUGGCGGUGAACUGGAUAUUGUAGUAACCUCCAAUAAAGAAGUGAAAGUGGCUGCGGUCCGAGAUGCCUUCCAGGAAGUCUUUGGCUUAGCGGUGGUCGUAGGGGAAGCUGGACAGUCCAAUAUUGCCCCACAGCCAGUAGGCUAUGCGGCUGGAUUAAAGGGUGCCCAGGAACGCAUAGAUAGCCUGCGGCGAACCGGACUGAUCCAUGAAAAGCAGACUGCUGUGUCGGUAGAAAACUUCAUUGCAGAGCUGCUGCCUGACAAAUGGUUUGACAUCGGUUGUUUGGUGGUUGAAGACCCUGUGCACGGCAUUCAUCUAGAAGCUUUCACUCAAGCCACGCCAGUGCCUUUGGAAUUUGUGCAGCAGGCUCAAAGUUUAACUCCCCAGGACUACAAUCUGAGGUGGUCAGGCCUUUUGGUGACAGUGGGCGAAGUCCUGGAGAAGAGCUUGCUGAAUGUCAGCCGGACUGAUUGGCAUCUGGCCUUCACUGGCAUGUCUCGCCGACAGAUGAUCUACAGUGCAGCCAAGGCCAUAGCAGGCAUGUAUAAGCAGCGCCUACCACCCAAGCCCAUGUGAGACCUGCCGGGAUAGGCGACUCUCCUGCACCUGCCGCUCCGCCUCAGAAGAUACUGUACCUUAGAUUGAAGAGCCUCAGUGAAUUCAACAGUUUUUACAAUUGUCUGUAGGCUUCAGUCCUUUUUUUUUAAAAAAAAAAAAAUAAAAGCACAGUAUCAUUCCAGUAGAAUAAAAGAAAUAGACUCUUUUUUAGUCAUUUAUGAUUUCAUACAUCAUAGUUCUUAAAAAAUAUACACAAAUGUACUUAAUGGCACAAUUUAAUAUACCAGCUUUAUAAAGUGGAAAUUUGAUGAUGAAACACAUUUGAUGAUUUAUACUUGACUCUUUUGGUUUUUUAAAGAAUACCUAAUUAAGGUACGGGUGUGUUGCUGCGUCUGUAAAAGCAUUGCUUCUUUCUGUUGUUUGUAUGUGCACAUGUUCUCAGGUUUGAUGGCGAGCAGUGGCGUGCUGAGUUUACCUUAACACGGACCUGUAGGGGGAUGUUGCACAAUUCUGUGUGUUUUAUAGAAUAUUGGCCAAAAUAAUGGAAUAGAUCUUUUUUCGUUUGUCAUGUACAUGGAGCAUCUGGAAAUUACACUUGUUUCUCUUUUGUUUAAAUUUCGGCAUUUUACAGAUUUAUACUAUAAACGUUGGGAAAUACAUGUUAUUUUUUCAUUGCUGUAUGAGAACUAAAGGGCAGGUGAUCUGCAUUCCAGAUCGGAGGCAUCCAUUUUAUUUUUGUAUAAAACCAGUCGGCACUUCCAGGAAGCGGCUCUCACAAUACUCACCACAGUCACGCCCUCCGGUAAGAAAGAUCUGGGAGAGGUAUUACCUUGUUUAUGGAAUGCUGUGUGUAUUCUUUAAAUUAAGGCUACUUCUUUCUUUUUUUUAAAAAAAAACACUUUUUAAUCUUUGAGAAUUUCAUGCAACAUAUUUUGGUCAUACUCACUUCCACUGUCUCCCUAACUCUCCCCAGAUCGACUCCCCCAACUUCAUGUCCAAUUUAUGCUACCCAUCUGCUCGUGGGUGUGGGGCCAUCCACUGGAGUGGGGGCCACACCCUUAAAACCAUCCCCCUUCCCCAUAAGCCAUCCCCUUCAGUAACUCCUCAGUUUGGGAUGUGGGCCCCGAGCCCCUCUCCUCAAGGCUGGAAUGUUGACUGGCUUGAUCUUAGGUUUAAGGUUAUUUCUUAGUUUGCCUUAGGCACAGCUUUUCUUUGUGCCCUUCUGCCUUUAUUUUUUACGGACAUUUUCAAAGGAAGUAUUUUAUAUUCUCUCUCGUUAUUUAGCCCAUUGUAUUUAGUGAAAGCUUUUCCUCCCUGAAAUAAUAUAUUUUACCAUUUUUGGAUUUAUAUAACUCAAAAAUUAACUUUUUUCUUCUACAGUUGAACUCUAUGCAAAUUCAAAUAACUGAAAACAGUUUUGUAUUUUAGUGCAUGUAGUUUUUUUUUUCUAUUCCUCUUCUAUAUGAUUCUGUGUAUGUGAAGAAUUAGUAAGUCUUGGCAGUUUUAUAAAAAUUCUGAUAGUCUCAUCCCCCGUGGACCUCACACAUGAAGUGUGUUUUGUAAUAAUGUUGGCUUGAGUAGUUAUUUCAUUUCUGCCCCUUUUUACAAGAGGAUGAGAAUUGCUGGUUCUGGAAUGGGUGUGUAUUAAUCUCCAGGCACUGUGUAUGACAGUUAAGUGAGAGACAGAGGCGCUGUGGCUGUGGUGACCAUGGCACUUUUUAUUCCUCC